AAAAAUCAUGUCAAAGUGGUUUACUGUGCUCUGCACUGCCCUUAUGUGGUGUUGCUAUUUUUGCGGUAUCCCUGCUGCCACUUCUAUGGCAAAUACUGAGACAGAUAGAGCAGCAUUGGUGGCCUUCAAGGCUGCAAUUGUUCAAGACCCAUUUGGUGCCCCUUACUUCCUGGAAUCAUUCACUCCACUAUUGCCACUGGAACGGUAUUUUGUGUAGUCGUCGACAUCCUGACAGAGUCAUUGGGAUAACUCUAAGGUCGCAAGGCCUGGUUGGAUCGCUCUCACCUCAUGUCGGAAACCUCUUCUUUCUUGAAAUUAUCGUUCUUCAAAACAAUAGCUUCCACGGCCCAAUCCCACAGGAGAUGGGUCGCUUGUUUCAGCUACAAAGAAUAGAAUUCAGCAACAAUUCGUUUGGCGGUGGAAUACCCAACAACCUUUCUCGCUGCUCAAAACUUGAAUGGCUGAACUUGAUCGACAACAACCUAACCCGAAACAUCCCAGCUGAGUUGGGCUCUUUGUCAUGGUUUGGAACUUUAGCCUUGAGUACAAACAAGCUUUCAAGAACCAUUCCUCCUUUCAUUGGAAACCUCUCAUCUCUUUUCCAAAUCUCUUUAUUUGAAUGUAAUUUGCAUGGGGAGAUUCCGGUGGAAGUUGCAAGGCUUCGAGGCCUGAAAUAUGUCUGGUUAUUUGAGAAUAACAUAUCUGGCAAGGUUCCGUCUGGCCUUUACAAUAUCUCCACCAUCAGUGUGUUAUCAUUAGCCGAAGACCAACUUGAAGGAAAUAUUUCUCAUGAUAUAGGCUCCACACUUCCUAAUCUCAAGUUUCUUGAUCUUGUCGGCAAUUUGUUUACUGGAACACUUUCUACUUCACUGUCAAAUGCUUCCGAGCUUGAAUCAAUAAACUUCGCUGAGAAUGAUUUCAGCGGGACAAUGCCAAGAGAUCUUGGAAAACUUUGGGGUCUUAUAUUUAUAAUUGUUUAUCAAAAUCGGUUGCAGGAUGACGUCACUUUUAUUUCGUCUCUAACAAAUUGCACCAGUCUACAAGUUAUUGAAGUGGGUAGCAAUCUUCUCAGAGGUUCAUUGCCUGACACCAUAGGUAAUCCCUCCACAUACCUUUUCUGGAUGAAUUUGGAGAUGAAUCAAAUACAUGGAAGCAUUCCUUCAGGCAUCGGGAACCUCAACCUCACUGCCUUAUCUAUGUCAAUAAAUAAUCUUGCUGGCCCUAUUCCAUCCUCCAUUGGCAGACUUCAUAAACUGCAAGCUCUGUUCUUGGGCCACAAAAAAUUCACAGAACUUCCAUCUUCACUUGGUAAUUUGACUUUGUUGACUACUCUCACGUUGGAAGAAAACAUCAUCCAUGGAAGUAUACCUCCGAGUUUAGGAAAUUGUCAUAGCUUGUUGGAACUAGCCCUUUCUUAA